AUGACGGAGGACAGUGCUAUGGAACAAAGUGCAAGUAUAUCAUCACCAUCUGGUAUUUCUCAGACGAAUUCGAAAAUCAGAACAAAAACGAAAACCAACAGCCAGAACACACUACAAGUCGCCGAAGAAUACCAACUAAAACAGCUCCGACAUCUCCAAUAUGAGCAAGCAUACAACAUUUCUCGAUCUCGUGAUAACAAAUUGGGACUUCUCUUUAGUAAUCUCUCCCACAUCGCAACUACACAAAUAGUCACGUUUGAGCAUCUUGUGAAAAUUGCGCAUGGGAUUCCAAAUCUGGACAGUUUGAAGCAGAACAACAUUCCAAGUGCAAAAUUCGACAGAGAAACUGCUAUGUGUUCAAGAACAAGCUGUAAACCAAAUGAAGUCAAAACCACUGAACAGAAAAAUAUUGUAUGUGAAAAACUGAAAGAAAAUCAGCUUUUGUCGACAUUUUCUGAUAAAUCUGCCAAGGAGAGUCAUUCAACGAAUGUGACUGAAAAUUUUGGAUCCAAAAAUGUGGCAGCUAUCAAAAAUGAGAUUGAAUGUAGUCCUGGUCCUAGCUGCUAUAUCAAUGCCAUUAGUGAGAAUAAACUAUAUUAUGAAAGCUCGACCCUUGAAUCCACUCUUCCUGAAAAAAUAAUUCGAAUCAAAUCGGAAGUGGAUGAUUUCGAGUUUUCUGCUGAUUCAGAACCACUAAGACGGACAGCAGAACCAUUGAUUCUAAAAAUAAAUGAGGAAAGCGUGACGGUUGAUUUGAAUAAUUCAAUAUCAAAUGAACCUAGCAUCGGCCCGGAUUCUAUCCCAGAAAUAGAGGAAAGUACAAAUGAAGAAGGAACUUCUCAAUCCUCCACCCCUUUGAAAGAGAAGCCACAAAAACGAAAAAUAGGUCCAACGAAAAAAAGAGGGAGACCAGCAGCCACGGAACAGAGCCCGAACACUGAAAGUGCAACAAAGAAAGGUAGAAAACCACCGAGAAAAGUCUAUAGAAGAGGGAAAGAAAAGACAUUCGAAGAAAAAGACACAGAAUGGGUUUUACCGUACCACGCUAGAGUUGUCAAGAAAACCAGAUCUAAGGCGGAUAACGAUCAAUAUGAAAAAAGUGCUGACAAUCAGUCACAAGAGGAGAACCAAGAAGUAGAUGAUUGA